UCAUCACCCCCUACUCUCUUUGACUUGUGCUCGCCUCCCUUGUCCCUUCCUUCCUCCUCCUCCUCUCUCUCCCACUCACAGUCACAGGUCUGUUUCGUUUCAUUUCCUUUUCUUUUCUUCAUCAUUUGUACUUGGCCUUUUUCUACCUAUUUUCUGCUCUUCCACUCUCCCCCGAUUCCUCUAGCUUCCUGUUUCAUAGCUUUUCCUUGUUCCCUCCAUUUUAAAACUUGCCCCUUCCCUUCCUUCUGGAUUCCCGGUUCCCCCGAACUCUGCUUUUGUCGCUGCUGCCCAUUCACUCAAGUCUCAAACGCAUGUGUUCCUGCUCCCUCCUGGGGGUCUCGCUAGUUUUUUUGACUUUCCAUAUAAUAUAUAAAUAUACCUUUCACUUUCACUUUCCAGUUUAUUUGAUUUAGAUUUUCUUUUCCUUUCUCUGCCAUGGUUUCGCUAUAAUUGAGUGGUCCGCAAUUGACGGGGCUCGUUUUCUCUGUUGCUUUGGAUGCGACUGUGAGGCUUCAUACAUCAUCCAGGGGAUCAAGAAAACAAACGUAAUCUUGAUGGAGUGGAAUUUGAAGGGUGGCUCCUGGGACUUGACGGAGUUAGAUGGAGGAGGAGGCCUGCCCAACAUAGAAACAACGGUCGAUAAUUAUUACUGGUCGAGCACACUCGGAUCAGUGAACCCGAGUGGCGGGGAAUUUUGUGUCGAUUUGAAGCUGGGUCGGGUCGGGAAUUCUGGCACCGAAGGCUCAGGGCCCAAGUGGAAAGUUGCGGCCGCAGCAUCAAAAACGGCAUCCUCCGCUGCUUCAGGAUCAUCGAAGAGGGCUCGAGCAAUUCAGAACGGGACCCAAACGGCGUCGUGCCUCGUGGAUGGGUGCAGUUCAGAUCUCAGUAACUGCAGGGAGUACCAUAGGCGUCACAAGGUGUGCGAACUCCAUUCCAAGACUCCUGUGGUCACCAUUGGCGGCCAAAAGCAAAGGUUCUGCCAACAGUGUAGCAGGUUCCAUUCCCUGGAAGAAUUUGAUGAAGGGAAGAGAAGCUGCAGGAAGCGAUUGGACGGGCACAACCGACGGAGAAGAAAGCCCCAGCCAGUGCCUCUUACUCGUUCUGCUGCUUUAUUCUCCAAUUACCAAGGGAGGCAGUUAGUAUCCUUGACAUCAUCGGACUCAAAUCUGUAUCCUUCCGGUGCUAUGGUGAACCCUGGUUGGGAAUGGGAAUGGGAUGGUAGGGCGGUGGUACGUAGCAAUAGUAAGCAGCAGCUAUAUCUCGGGUCUUCUGAGAGCACCAGAAUGAAGCAUCAUGAGAAGCCAUGUGUUGAAGCUGCUUCUGCGUGCCACACGCUUCUGAUGAGGAUGACGGCCUCAUCAGCGGAGGAGUCUCCUCCCCCUCCCCGUGCUCUCUCUCUUCUGUCAUCACCGGCGCCGACGCACGCACCCAUAUACCUGUCACAGCAGCCUCUAGGCCCCACCAGCCAUGAGGCUGUGGACGCUACGCCUCUGGUUAACAAUGGGACUCAUCUUUAUGUGUAUAACUCGUUCGGGUCUGAUGCGUCCCAGGGGUUCCAUACUUCCCAGUCACUCCCAUUUCAUUGGGAAUAAAAUUCAGAAGCACUUCGUUAAGUUUGAGCCCACUUCUAUUCUAAAAUUGCAAUUAAUUACAUUUCAUUUCCGAAUAUUUUUUUUAUCUUUGAUUUUUUUUUUUUUUGGCUUUCGUUACAAAAACUCAAGCAUUUAUCGCAACGACCAGUUAAUUC